AUGUCUGCCAAUGUCGCGUAUGUAGCUCAAUUUAUUUCUGGAAACGUUACUAAAAAGCAGACAAAAGAUAAAAUACAAGAACUAAAAGCAGAAAAUGAAGAGUUAAAAAGAAAAAAUAAAAAUUUUAAGAGAAAGCUGUACCGUUACAAAGCCGAAAUAGCAGAUCUGAAACAACAAAUAGUAUCCCAGCCGCAUCUAGUACAGACAACUACAACAGUUGAUAAACCUGAGGUUGUCACUCCAAUGACGAAAACGAAUAAGUUUUUAGAUGAAGUACCAUCAAUCUCUAAAGAAGAAAAAGAGAAAGUCAAAAAGAAACUCCUAGUACUGAACACAUUGAAAGACUCAUUAAAAGAACAAUACAAAAAAGCUGAUACAGGAGAAAAGAAACACAUCGAUUUUGAUACAAACAUGUACACAAUAUUUUUUUAUAAAACUGUCAGCAGGAAAGAAAAUUUGAAAUUUAUUGUUCUGAAACGUACGGAUAGAGACAUUGUUCCUAAUGUUUCAAUUGUUAAAAAAAUACAGCUUCAAAAAUAG